GUCUGUCUGUCUGUCUGUUUGCCCUCACUUAUCCCACUGGCCGCCCUUUGCAGUAUGGCAGGCGGAUAAAAGCCCCCCUACGACCUGGCUGCGCGUGUGGCACUGCGUGAGUGGUUCGAUCUUCAUCACAUGUCAGGUGCCUCCGAUGAGGGCACCUCGUACUCGGGUUUAUCGCACCAGUCGGCCCGCACAGCCGAGUGCUCCAAGAUGCGCUGCAGCCAAUACGGGCCCAGCUGCUCUGCCUGCACCCUCACACACACAUACACACACAGAGAGAGAGGCAGGCGCUCAUCUGUGUGUUGUGUGUUGGUGGGCUCGUCUGUCUCCCUCACCGCUCGUUUGUAGAGUGUGAGCAUGAAGUGGACGUCGUGUGCGGCGUAGACGAGAAUGACGAGGUUGAGGGGCCGCUCCUGGAACACCUCGUACCGCCCUCCGUUGUCCGGCUCAAACAGAUUCUUACCCAUCUCGUUGAUCUUGUGCGCAAACGCCUUCACCACAACACAUCACAUCACAAACAAUUUCCGCCAUGUGGGCCUGUGUGUGUGGGGGGGGCAUGGCAAGGCGUUCCCUGACCUUUUCGGCGGGUGAGAGUGCGUCUGAUGAGUUGAGCAUUUUGAAGAGGCCUUUGACGUACUUGACGGGCACGUUCUGACUGCGUCGAAAGGCUACCUCAGCCUGCACAAUACAUUCACACACACACACAUGCAGCGAUGAUGUGUCACGGUUUGUUCCAUCCUUUCGUGUGUGUGUGUGUGCCUGACGGACGGACCAGCUGGAGGCAGAAGACAGACCUCACGCGCACUUGGAACUGGUGGAACAACGCAUCCACGUCAUUUCUGAACCAACAAACACACAGCACACACAUUCACAGGCCAUAGUGGAAGAACAAACAUGCUUCUCUCUCUCUGUGCCUGCCCUGCCCUGCCCUGGCUGCACACGUACCUCGGGUCGAACCAGACUUUGAGGACGGCCGGGUCAGCGAGAAUGCUCUUGAGCGAUGUGCCGUUUGGCGACGACACGUCAAAGACCCUUGGGCCCAUGCUAUACACAUCCACCACCCACGUGGUCCGCGGGUCGCCCGCGUAGCAGAACUGCGCCAGGCAAAGCUGCCCGUACCGACUCAGCUUGACGCCCUCCAAAUCACACGCUAUCACAGGGUGCUCCUGGAUGCGCGGCCGCGGCAGGGGGAACGGGGUGGUCUCGCCAGGGCCCUGCUGCUGUCCUCCCCCCUGGCCUCGGGCUGCACUCUGGCUCAUGCUCAGGGGGGUGGGGCUGGCGGAGGCGGUGGGGAGGCAUGUGGGGGGGACGGAGGAGGGCAUGUGCAGCAGGUGGGAGCCGAUGUACUGCUCCAGCCGCACCAGGAACAGCACCAGCGAGGCGUGGUCGUUGACCAGCCGGAUGCGGAAGUCCGACUGCGCGAAGCCCGGCUCGUCGGGCCGCACAUGGACGUUGACCGAGCCGCCCUCCUGCACCGAGAAGUGGUUGAAGAAGCCCAGGUGGCGCAUGCGGUGUGCCUCGGUGUUGGGCAUGACCGACUGGCUCUGCAGGUAGUGCAGGGCCACCUGGGCCGCUGCUGCCUUGAGCUCGGCCAGGCGGUCGACGACUGUGGCGGUGAGGAGCUUGGGUGAGUCUGCGAGGGGGUAGAGGUCGUGUGUCUUGGGCAGUAGGGCCGCCACGAAGGAUGCGAGGUGCCGGUCGUGGCUGGUGAAGGAAGCCACGAAGUGGUAGAUGAACUCCUGGACGAUCUCGCGCUGCCGGUGCGGAUGCGCGUGCACCGACGGCACCAAAUUGUUGCGCGCGUCAUCAGUCGCCUGACAGAUCAGAUCGACAGACAGACAGACAGACGGACAGAUGGAUGCAAAAAGAAGAAAGACUCAUGCUAUGCUUUUCCCUUCAUCCCCAGCUCGCCCACCUGUGUGUCGAGCGCGCCCUCUCCAAGCAGUCUGUUCAUGCCCUCGCAGCGUCUCUCGAGGAACUUGGCCAUGCACUCGCCCAGCUGCGCCUUGAGCAAAGCGUCGUGGCCCAGCACGGGGUAUAUCUCACUCGCAGCCGCGCCAUCCGCGGUCACCGCGUCGACCAGCCAGUAGGUGAGCCCGACAGUGUCCUCAUCCAAGAGCACCUCGCGCGCGAUUUCCAGGGCAUGCGGCCAGAUGAUGUACGUCAGGUUGUUGGGCACCGAAGGGGCGGGGAUGGGGGGCGGGGUCAGUCGUGUGGCGGAUGACAGGGUGGGGGGAGGGAUGAGGGGAGGUGGGGGUGCGUACUGCUGCUGCGAUGGCGGCUCGCCCAUGCCCAUGUGGGGCAUCAUGCCAAGGGGGUUGGCGUAGAAGCCGUUGUGUGGUUGCGGAUACCGUUUCAUCAUCAGAUUGGCUGAGGGCAGUGGACAGCAGGGUCUUGGGCUGAUGGACCGACUCGUGUGGCAGAGGAGCAUGCACCAGCUGCCCCACAAGUGCCGAGGAGGCGAGGAGGCCUGGCCUCGCAACACAGACUCACUCUUAUCGAUUCAUCAACUGCUACAUCCACUGGUUCUUGGACCGAAAGCAGCUUGGGUAGGCUGUGAGAACAUCCAGGCUCCAAACAGG